AACUAAUAUGGUGGGGUAAGGAAGAGAGGCAGGCCAUGUAAAAAGUGGAAAGAUGAAAUAGAUUUGAAAAUUAUGGGAAUUAAAAACUGGCACACUGUAGCUAAGGAUCGUCAGGCCUGGGGAUGAAUUGUGAAGGAAGCCAAAGUUCAUAGUGGACUGUAGAGCUUGAGAAGAAGAAAUCAAAUUCUCUUAUCACUGUAACAUAUCAUCAAUCGGUUAGAGAGGGAUUAGAUUAGAUUAAUAUUAUGUCACCACGAUAAUUCAAUAAUCCAGAGGGGGGUGGGGUGGGGCUGGAUUAGGGUGACUGAUUUUCCUCAAAAUUUAUGGCAGAUCUGUUGUAGGUAGCAGCAAUGGCGGCAGCAGCAUCAGCGGGGGAGCAAAAAGUGGCUGCAACACAAGCACCACCAGCGUGGGAGAACACGUGGCUGCAAAACAAGCACCACCAGCGAGGGAAAACAAGUGGCUACAAAACAAGCACCACCAGCGUGGGAAAACAAGUGGCUGCACCAGAAGCACCACCAGCGAGGGAGAACAAGUGGCUACAAAACAAGCACCACCAGCGUGGGAAAACAAGUGGCUGCACCAGAAGCACCACCAGCGGGGGAGAACACGUGGCUGCAAAACAAGCACCACCAGCGUGGGAAAACAAGUGGCUGCACCAGAAGCACCACCAGCGAGGGAGAACAAGUGGCUGCACCAGAAGCAACACCUGCGAGGGUGAACAAGUGGCUACAAAACAAGCAGCACCAGCAGGGGUGAACAAGUGGCUGCAACACAAGCACCACCAACGUGGGAGAACACGUGGAUGCAAUAGCAUCACCACCAGCGAGGGAGAACAAGUGGCUGCAACAGGAGCACCACCAGCGGGGGAGCACUACUGCCUGCAGCAUACGUUCAACCUGCGGAGGUGCACAAGUGGCAGCAGAAGCAGAAGAAGAUGUAGUACAAGAAGGAAAAGAGGAGGAAGAAGAUUUUAAGAAGGAAAAGGGAGUGGAUGAAAAAGAGGAAGAAGAAGGAAAAGUAGACGAGGGAGAAAUUAAGAAGUACUCGACUCUUACAGAUGUGUUUCAACCGUACAUCUCAAGUGUUCCGCGGUCAUCUUAUGCAGUACUUUCUGUGAGAUUUGUGCGAGAGUGGCGGGAUGAAGAUCACUGGAAGC